AUGAGUACACAAGUUGAACCGAUAAUUUGUAAUACUUGUUUAGGUGGUGAUGAUGAAUCUAUACCACAACUUACUAUAAAUAAAAUUUCAAAUGGUUUACAGUGUAAAAUAUGUACUUUACCAACAACAUUAUAUCAUUUUAAAAGCUUAAAUUCAAGAAAUUUAGUAAAGACAAAAAUUUGUUUUAAUUGUGCAAAACAAAGAAAUUGUUGUCAAUGUUGCAUGCUAGAUAUGAAAUGGCAUAUCUCUUUAUCAAUGAGAGAUAAAUUAAUUUCAUAUUUAAAUGGACAAGAUGAAUCAAGUUUAAUGACUCCCGAAGCUACAAAUGUUAUGAUGAAAAGAUAUUUAGCUUUACAAAAUGGGAAACUUGGUGGUGCAAAAUUUACUUCAGAUUCAAAUGCCUUAGAAAAUUUAUUAAAUCAAGAAUUAGAAACUUCAAUAACAAAAUUGGAAAAAAGUUUAAAUUCCAAUAAGAAACAAUCGACUACUAAUAAUCUAGAUAUAGAUAUUAAACCUGUCCUGGCUCAUUUGCCAUUAACUCAAACUUUGGAAAAUUCAAAAUGUUUAUCCUUCUUUCUAUAUAAUAUCGAUUCAUCUAUCCCCGAAUGGAAGAUUAAAGACGCUGUGACAUCAUUGAUUGGAUCAGAGAAAUGGAUUGAUAAAGAUUCGAAUUGCAUUAUCAUUAAUCAUAGAGCUAAUGCUGGUGGAAUAAAAUUUUCUAAUCAAUCUUUAGCUGAUAAGUUUAUACAUAUACUCACAACAAGUCAGAUUCCUUAUACUGUACCGAAUAGUAAAUUAAUGAGAGGUAUAUUAAUGGUGGAUCGAUUUAAAAUAUUUGUUGUACCUUGGAAUUCGGGAUUCACAACGGGAUCAUUUGGUACCACUAAAGAACAAUCUUUGAAAUUAGCUCGCAGUUUAAAAAAAUUAAUUAUCUCAGAAUCUGAAAUCGUUGUUAAUUCUUCUAACGUCAAUGACAACGACAACGACACAGGUAAGAAAAGACAAACUAAUAAAAAAAUUAAUAAGAAAAAGAAAAAACGUGUAACAUCUUUAAAACUAUAA